AUGCCCAAGUUCGGCACGAUGUUCAGACUUCGUUUUCGACGGAAGGAAUUGCCUUGGGAGGUGGUCGAUAACAAAUUUGUCGACCCUGUUCCUACGUACUCGUCUUAUGACGAAUUGCAAAUUGACUCGAUCAGCGACACUGAGCUGAACGGGACGUAUGUGUUCGAUAUCAACCCUUCGAAUGGGAAGGCGUAUAGAGGGAUACAUGACCUACAUCGAGCUGUGAAUUUCUCGAGGCAGCAGUUGAUGUCUGAAGCUUCGAAGAGGGGGUUUAAUGUCUUGCUUGUGGAGAGUUGGCAAUUGAAGAUAUUAAGGAAGAAUAAGCAUCAUAGGAUUGAGCUGCUCGAUGUGUAG